AUGCAAGUCCCAUCGUUCCUGCAAGAACCAUCGUCGAGGCUUAUGUUCAGCAACGAUACCGGCUCUCAGAUUUCGUGUUCCGCACACGGAAAUCCUCCAGCAAUUGUUACAUGGCUCCAUAAAGAUGGAUCGGUGGUGAAUGCGGUGCCCGGAUUAAGGCAGACACCAGGAAAUGGAACACUGUACUUUCCACCGUUCCUUGGCCAGUACUAUCGUGCUGAUGUCCACGAUGAGAUUUACCGAUGUCGUGCCAGCAACAAGGCCGGAACAAUCCUCAGCCGAUCCGUGCACGUUCACGCAGUUGCAAGGCAGCACUACGAUAUCCGAGUGGAUGGGAAGGAUGUGAUUCUGGGCAACACUGCAUUCCUUCACUGCCAUAUCCCCGAACACGUUCGUGAUUAUGUAUCAGUGACUUCUUGGUAUCGCGGAGAUGAAGUCUUACUUCCAGAGCUAUCUGACGUGGGUGGUCGUUACUCAGUGACUUUAGGAUCAAAUGAUCUCCAUAUACGAUCUGUUAGAUCGGAGGAUGGCCUAAAAGAAUUUUCUUGCUUAACCGUCAAUUCGCUAACUGGGGAACGGAAGCUCAGUGAUCCGAUAUUUAUAUCCAUUAAAGAAAUUUCAUCGAAUAUGGCGCCACAAACUAAUCAAAAAUCAAUAACGGAAAUUCACGUUGACCGGGGCAAUGAUAUUCACCUGCCCUGCAAUGUGCGCGGAAAUCCCAUUCCCAUUUUCACGUGGUUUCGCGUAACAGAUUCCGGAGCACUGUACCCACUGCCAACAUCCCAACGAAUCAUUCCCUCGCAAUCGAUUUUGCUGCUCAAGAACUCGGACGAACGUGAUUCCGGAAGAUGGAUCUGCAAGGCGUCUAAUCAAUUUGGGGACCAAAAGUUGGAGAUACGUUUAUUCGUCAAUUCAUAUCUAGCCAUUCAUAUUCAUCCCCAAGCGCAGACCAUCAACUCGGGCGCCACGGCAAUUUUCAAUUGUUCCAUCGUGGGCUCUCCAAUUGACAAAAUUGAGUGGUUCCAUGAUGGAAAACCAAUUGUGCAAGACACCCAGGGAAGGGUAAAGCUGUUGUCACCCAUCUCCCUGGCGGUUUCACAAGUGGGACGCGAGGACAGGGGUAUUUAUCAAUGUAUGGUGUCCAACAAAAAAAGCAGCGCCCAGGGAAUAGCAGAACUCAAGUUGGGCGACACAGUUCCUGAACUAAUUUAUACGUUCAUUGAGCAAAAUGUCCGUCCGGGACCGCACAUUUCUUUGAAAUGCUCCGCCACAGGAUCCCCUCCACCGCAGUUCACCUGGCUGCUGGACUCUGAGCCAAUAUUGGAUGUGUCAUCAUUGCAUCGAUACGCCAUCGGGCAGUUUGUUGAUAUAACCGGCGAUGUAAUAAGUCAUUUGAAUAUAUCACAUGUCCGGACCGACGAUGGAGGACUCUACAAAUGCAUCGCCGCAAAUUCCAUUGGGAGUGUUUCACAUGCAUCCCGAUUAAAUGUUUAUGGGCCACCGUACAUUCGGACAAGUGGACUUAAGCAAUUACUGGCGGGGACUGACGUUAUCAUCCACUGUCCCUACUCUGGUUAUCCGAUUGAAUCAAUCAGGUGGAGGCUGGCAGGGCAAGAAAUAAUUCCCAAUUCACGCUACACUGUGGCCAGUGUCCAGGAGGGUGGAUUUCUCAAGAUAAAUCAAGUGGAUUCAGCUCACGAUGCCGGCGUUUACACGUGCAUCGUUCGCAGUCGAUCCGGCGAGGAGGCUCGUCGGGAUUUGCAGGUGGUCAUCAAAAGCCCACCUGUUAUCGAGCCAUUCACCUUCCCCAAGAACCUUCAGGAGGGUGGGCGGGCGCAGCUGUCCUGUAUUGUCUCGUCUGGAGAUAUGCCAGUGUUCUUCAGCUGGCAAAAGGACGGCGCUCCAGUGCCCAUCAGCCUUCAAGUGACUGAGAAGAAGGAGGACUUCUUCAGCAUCCUGGUAUUCAAGGACCUCACAGAUCGACACAGCGGUCGAUAUGCUUGCUUCGCCACAAAUUCAGCGGCCAAAGUGAAUUACACAGCACAACUCAAUGUCCGCGUGCCACCGCAUUGGAGACAGGAACCGAGUGACAUGGCUGUAAUGCUGGGCAAUCCAAUUUCUCUGCGGUGUGAGGCUGGCGGAUUUCCAGAGCCAACCAUUUCCUGGUUCAAAGGACAAGGAAAAAUGUCACAGGACUUCCAUUUAAUUCCAUUGAAAAAUAACACACUCACUGUGGAUUUUGCCACAUCAGACGAUGAAGGGUAUUACAUGUGUCUAGCGAAAAAUGAUAUCGGUUCUGGACUGAAGAAGGUUAUCCGCGUCAAUGUUAAUGAGCCCGUGAGGUUUGAGUACGCCUUGAAAAAUGUUUCAUCCCGACGCAACGAUCCGGUCACACUUAGUUGUAUAGCUAUAGGGGACGAACCCGUGAGUGUUGUGUGGUCCCACAACUCUGCCAGAAUAGAUCUCAAUAAUUAUCGAUUAAAUAUAGCGGAAAUAAAGACUGACAAUGGAGUGAACUCCCAACUCUCAAUAAGCCGCACGGACCGGCAUGAUUCAGGGAAAUAUAAAUGUAUUGCGGAAAAUCCCUUUGGCCGAAGUGAGCACACCAUCUUCCUCGCUGUACAAGAGCGACCGGAUGCUCCUUCAAAUCUCGAGGUGGUUGAGGUCAAAAGUCGCACCGUGAAGCUGUCUUGGAGGCGACCUUUUGAUGGAAAUAGCCCUGUUCUCAGUUACUUGGUUCAGUACCAACCCGUAAAAUCUCUUCAUAAUCUCCCACCCACCGUCCAUACCACGGAAGCAGAAUGGAAUACAGGUACAACCGUGAAUGUCUCCCUGCCAACUGUUAGCGAUGCCAUUACGAUAGACGGUGAGCCGCGCGAGCAAGCCAUCGUCGCGGGGCUUCAUCCGGCCACUGCGUACCUCAUCAGAAUGCUGGCUAUUAAUGAAAUUGAAAGUAGCUCCUUCACGGAUGCGCUCAUCAUCAAGACACAGGAAGAGCCGCCCGUCGAGUCGCCCCAGAGCAUUCAAGUCCUGACCGGCGGGAUGGGCGAGUUAAUUGUGACUUGGCAAGUGCCACCGAGGGACUCGUGGAACGGGGAGCUGCUCGGCUACAUGGUCAACUACACGGAAGACAAACAGGCUAUUAACUACGUGAGUUCAAGUGGCGCCACAAAUAACAGCAUCAAAGUUCGAGGCUGGGCGACCACAAAAACAACCAUAUCCGGACUGAGGAUGUUUACGAGAUACUUGGUGAGGGUGCAGGCGUACAAUGGGGUCGCGUCAGGACCGUGGAGUCAGCCGGUUAUCGGGACAACUCUCGAGGGAGUUCCGGAAGCUCCACCGCAGAAUGUAACGUGCUUUCCGGCGGGCUCCCAGAGUAUCCGAGUGACAUGGCAAGAACCUCCUCCGCAGUUCCACGGUGGCAUCAUUCAGGGAUAUAAAAUCCUCUACCGUCCAUUAGUGAAACAAGUUGAAUUGUCCUCAACGACUGAAGUGAAAAGGACAUCGAACAUGGAAACUCACUUGCACGCCCUAUACAAAGCCACAAACUACUCGAUACGUGUGCUGGCGUACACCAAGGGGGACGGCGUGGCCAGUGAUGCCAAAUAUUGCUCCACCGAGGAAGAUGUUCCGGAUCCACCGGCCAAUGUAAAGGCGGCCGCACUGACAGCGGAUUCAAUUUUGAUUUCGUGGCUUCCGCCAGUACACAAAAAUGGCAUCAUCACAAAUUACAAUGUUUAUUGCCGUGAAGCUGGCCGAAAGGGACAGGCAAAGAAUCAUUUGGUCAGAGUGGAUGAAAAUGGAAAUCCAAUGACUUUCGAGGCACGGAAUUUGCACGAGAACCAAAUGUACGAAUUCUGGGUGUCGGCCACAACGGGAAGUGGAGAAGGCGAGCCCACGGCCGUAAUUGCCCAGGCCACAAACACGAGAGCGCCAGCGAAGAUAGCCUCGUUCUCCCAAACACUGCGCCGCGCCGUGGGCUCGAGUUUGCUGCUGGAGUGCCUGGCCGUGGGUAAUCCGACUCCUCGCACCCGCUGGUUCACCAGAGACCGUCCAGUGACAUUCAGUCCGUUCUACGAAGUCACCCCAGACGGCAAUUUGAAAAUCCACAGCAUCGAGACGAGCCUCACGGGAAAUUACACUUGCCAGGCGAAGAACCUGUUCGGCCAGGACGAAAUUGUGUACACGAUUGUAGCGAUGAAGACCCCCAGUGCGCCCCAAUUGGUCGUCCAAUUCUCCACGUCGGACAGCAUCCGGGUGACAUGGGAGUCGCCCGACGACGGAGGGGCGCCCAUUCAGGGCUACGUGCUCUCCUAUCGGACCGGCGACAGUGGCUGGACGAGACUCGAUUUCACACCUGAGCAGACCAGCUUCACCAUCGCCGGUCUCAAGUGCGGCAAUCAGUAUAUCUUGAAAAUGAUGGCCUUCAAUCGGGUGGGCGACGGGCACAGCAGCGAGGAGAUUAUUGUCGGCACGAAGGGCAAAGUGUCUACAGCGCCCGAGGAGAAGGAUUUUGUCCAAACAAAUGCCACUUGUGCCAGCAUAAGUCUCUCCCAGUGGAAUAAUGGAGGAUGUCCUAUCCAUCAUUUCUCCGUGGAGCAUCGUCCACUUGGAACAAUACGUUGGACGGUUGUCAGUUCGGAUGUAUCAAAUUCCGAGGAGAAUCGCGAAAAAUUGCUGUUUUGCGAAUUUGCACCGGCAACAUGGUACCAAUUACGUGUCUCCGCAACAAAUGACGCGGGUAAAACGGCGGCUCAAUUCAAUUUUGGCACCACCACCGUAGAUGGGGAGCGAGUGGCUCCACCCGAGGUGUUCCCAUCGGAGAAUGACUUGUCCCAUGAGACAGCCACAGCGUCCGGCCAGCGAAAUGUUCUGCCGCUCAUUGUUGUAGUCAUUGCCAUUAUUAUAGCACUCCUGUUGACAAUGCUAAUUCUGCGCCACAGAAGAGUCUUCUGCGGACCCUCAAUGAGCGGCUAUGAAUCCAGGGCAAUUCCGGGCGAUAUAAAGGAGGAGCACGACAACAGAAGGAACCAGCAAGUUUACUCGGCAUCACCUGUUAAGACAGUUGACAAGGGAAAUGAAUCCGAAAUGUACGAAAUAUCACCGUAUGCCACCUUCAGCGUUGCUGGCGGAAGAACAAAUGCCUCUGGUCAGGUGAUGAAUGCCAAAACACCUACACGUGGUGUCACCUCAUCCACCUUAGACUACACCAUGCAAUUCAAAACGUUUGGCCAUCCGGAUAGUGAUUUGAAUGCCACAGCAUAUCCUGUGCUCCCCUCUUCCGGCUUUGGUCACGUGAAAGGGAAAUCCAGUUGGCACAAGCAGCGAUACUACAACACAGACGAUGAAUCCACACUCAGCAAAAGCAUGACAGUGGUGGCAGGAAGCAGUCAAAUUCAACCCCACCGGAUGAAGGGCAACAGGGAAAGUGGAAGUCACGAUAGCCGACAUAUAAAUAGGGGCAAGAGCCGGUCAAAGGAGAGUCGAGAUGAGAGUGAAUCAGACACGAGUAUUAGCCCCAUAAAUGAGUUCUCCAACGCACCCACCUACAGAGUGCCCGUGAAGUCAAGAGAUAUGUUUCGCCCAGAUUCCAGCACCGAAUCCAACAAUGACAACUCACCCCUCACUGAGCGCAGGAGCAACACGCCCAGGCAUGUGUUGCAGCCGGAAGUGAGGAGUCGAUCGCGACAGCAGGCGCCCAUAAAGCCACGAGAGAGUCACUCGAUGGAUAUGUUGCGCUCUGGAAGUAACAACAGUUUCAACAGUGAGGUUAUACUUGAGGAUGGGCUUAAAUUUCAUCCACCAAGUGGGUUUACGGAUUCACGUGAAUUCAGCGAGGCGGAAUGUGAUAGAGAACGAGCUUUAGACUUAGAAGUACAAAGAGUAAUGGAAAACAAUGAUAUGCAGAAGGUGGAGAGAGAAGAGUUAACCUCACUGUUGGCCAGGUACCACGAGAAGAAGGAAAAAGAACGUCAGGAAUACACAAUUCACGUAUGAAAAUUUUACAAACUUGUUUUCCACCUUGUCGGCUUCUCGGCGGAAGGAUAGAAGGCGACAGAAGAAAAGCAAUUUUCGCUCCAAACACAUAAAUUGAUUAUUCAAUAAAUUAUAGAGCUCUGCAGGAGCAAAAAUGCUAAAUAUUACAAGACACUUUGUGGAAGACAAGAGAGCUUUUUCUAGUGACUCCAAACCCACAUUCAAACAGCAAAAAGUAGGACUUUCAACACAAGCGGUGACACAUAUAAAAUCAAAAAAAUGAACAAAGACGUGGAUCUAAGAGAGAAUCUCUUGGCAACAAAAUAUUAGCUGAUGAUAUUGACUAUUGACUUUUUGGGAAACGCAUUAAUUCCUACAUAUUGAAAGUCAUUCUUUUUUUUUAAAUGAAAUAUUGAUGAAAUAUGAUAAAAUUUGUUGUAGAUAAUGAAGAAUUUUUACAUACUCACUGUUCUAUAUUUGUAAAACAAUUUGUGAUAUUUGGAAAACUGUUUUCAACCAAAACACUGUAACAAGAGGAAAACAUCAUAAAUUGCAUCACAAGCGUAUCGCAUAAAGGCAGAAUUCAAAAUCUCAUCUAAAUGUGUAUAAUAGUAACAAUCAAUAUUUGUUAUAGUAUGGUAUAUACAGUUGGUUGGAAAACUGAUAGUUUGUCGUUGAGUUGCGGCCUGGAGUUGGCAGGGGGGUUUAUUAUAAUUGCAAGGGUAAAAGCGACAUUGGGGAUGCUUUCCAGACUGCGUCUGUUUUCAUUGUAUGCAGAAAAUUUAAUUAAAUGUUUAACAUAUCGAUUUAACCGAAUACGCGCAGACAACUUCACACAAACUUUAUGUCGAACGUAAUAAUAAAACAUGUUGUCGAACUCCCAGUGGAUUACAACCCCUAAUAAAAUAUGUCAUGACACAUGAAAUUACCGCCAGAUUAAUAGAAAUAAAACACUUAUUGGCUCGCUCGCUCCGUGACAUACAAGAUUUUAACAUUUUCCCAUUCCUCAGCUCGCCACACCCAUUUGAUCCACAUCAAUAUGCCAAAGGGUUGACACCAUAUAGACUAAUUCUAUAAGUAUAAUCGCGAGAGCAUUAAGUUAUGGAAUCAUAUGGAAAAAUGUACAAGGGAUUUAAUUUUAUUCUCAAUUUGUAUAACUAAAUGAAACAAUAACAAUAAACGAUAUUAAUAGUGAA